AUGGACCAUGGUAGCUUAGAGGAGUGGCUGCAUCCAGUUAUUGGAACCGAAGAGAUAAGCUAUGUGCCCAAGAAUUUAACUCUUCUUCAGAGGGUAGAUAUUGCCAUUGGUGUUGCUUGUGCACUGGAUUAUCUUCAUAAUCAUUGUGGACCCAUAGUUCAUUGUGAUAUCAAACCAAGCAAUUUUCUUUUGAACAACGAGUUGGUUGGACACGUUUUUGACUUUGGAUUAGCAAGAUUUGUGCCACAAAUGACUAGUAAUUCUUCAUCAAAUCAAACAAGUUCCAUUGGAAUAAGAGGUUCCUUUGGUUAUGUUGCUCCAGGGAAGAGACCCACUGAUGAAAUGUUUAGAGGCGGUUUGAACCUUCGUAAUUUCGUGCAAAUGUCAAUCCCUGAGCGAGUUACAGAGGUUGCAGAUUCAGUACUCCUUCAAGUAGGCAAUGAUGACGUUAGCACCAGCAACCUUCCCAAUCAAUACAGCGCAAGAGCUCAAAAGAUCUCUGCGUGCUUCAGUUUGAUAUUUAGAAUUGGAGUAUAG